AAUUAAUACAUCAACUCUUCUUCUACAAUAUAUUACUCUUGCCUUUAGCAUUUUUGAAUGCUCUCUUAAAUAAAAACGCAAUGGCUUUAGUGAUUGAGCAAUGUCAAAUUGCACCAUCUCCGGGCAGUGUAGCUGAACUCACACUCCCUCUUACAUAUUUUGAUUUUCAAUGGUUAAAUUUCCAUCGUAUGCGGCGGAUUCUGUUCUACAAGUUCCCUAUUUCCAAAACCACAUUCGUCCAAACCAUUAUUCCUAGUCUUACAAAUUCGCUCUCCCUCACUCUCAAACACUAUAUAUCCCUAGCAGGCAAUGUUGUUUGUCCGCUAGAUUUGAGCGGUUACCCUGAGUUGCGUUAUUUAACUGGGGAUUCUGUAUCUGUUAUUUUUUCUGAGUCUUAUAUGGAUUUUGAUUUCCUUGUAGGAAAUCAUCCACGAAAUGCGAAGGAAUUUUAUCCCUUUGUUCCUCAGUUGGCAGACGCUAAGCAUGCACCCGGGGUACUAUUAGCCCCGCUCUUGGCCAUUCAAGUGACACUUUUUCCGAAUCAUGGCAUAUCCAUUGGUUCAACUCACCAUCAUGUCGCUGGUGAUGGUGCUAGCUUUGCAGGGUUCACAAAAGCAUGGGCUUCGCUCAAUAAAUUCGGCGGAGAUGAACAAUUCUUAGCUAAAGAGUUCAUUCCAUAUUAUGAUAGGUCCGUAAUCAAAGACCCUCAUGGACUAAGGAUGUCUUAUUGGGAUGUCAUGAAGAAUAUUAAGCUUGAGAUAUGUGAUCACAUUGUGAUUCCUCCUCAUAAGGUUCGAGCCACUUUUAUUAUAACACGUGAUGACAUCAGGAAGCUCAAGAAUUUAAUAUUAUCAAGGCGACCAAACCUAACUCAUGUAACAUCUUUUACAGUAACGUGUGCUUAUGUAUGGACUUGUUUAAUAAAAUCAGAGGGCGCUACAAUAGGGAAAGAGAUAGACGAAAAUGAAAUGGAAUUCUUCGUAUGUGUAGCAGAUUGCAGAGCGCGAUUCAAACCACCAAUUCAUCCAUCUUAUUUCGGUAAUUGUCUAAUGGCGUACAUUGCAAGAACAAGACAUGCUGACUUAGUUGGAAAGGAAGGUUUUACAAUUGCUGUGGAAUUAAUUGGAGAACCCAUUCAAAAAAGGAUUAAGGAUGAGGAAUGGAUCUUGAAUGGUAAGUGGUUUAAAGAAUUUAGCACCGUAAACGCGAAACGGUUGCUUUCAGUUGCUGGAUCACCAAAGCUUGACUUAUAUGCUGCUGAUUUUGGUUGGGGAAGACCAGAAAAAUUAGAGUUCGUUUCUAUUGACAAUGGUGAUGGCGUAUCGAUGUCCCUAAGCAAGUCUAAAGACUCAGAUGAAGAUUUAGAGAUUGGCUUGUCUUUGCCUAAAGCUCGAAUGAAUGCUUUUGCUGCUAUUUUCACCCACGGGCUUAACGUUCUGUAGCAAGCCUAGCUAAGAUUAUAUUUUCACCACAAAAUAAUGUUGAUUUUGGUCCAAGUGAU